GAUAUGUAAACCCCACUGAAAAUACUCACAAUGGGUGAGCAAACAUUUUACCAGCAUCAGGAAAGAAGAUCCUUUGUGCUACGUGCACCUUCCUAACCAUCACUUCAUUCACCAGGUACGUAGCUGAGUCCCUCUAGUGGUAUAAACAUUUAUUUGGCUUCAGCAUGUUAUUAAAAUUCCAUUUUACGGUCACAUUAUAGCAGCAAAUUCACAGGUAGCUGUUUUGGACACUCUGAGGAUUGUGGCAAAGUGGAUCUAGGAUUAGACACUGUGCAGGUUUGUGUUAAUGAAUGUAAAUUGAUUUUCAGCUGAGAGAGGCAAUUACAAAUGCAUUGGAAAGGGAAGGGAAUUCUUGAAAGGAUAUUCAAGAACUAAUUACUAUCAGUAAGACACACGCAAAGAGCAACGUAAUACCCAGGGCAGCCAAUAGGGAUACAAGCUUAUACACAAAUCUGUCAUGACCUAGUAGUGAAGACUGUUUAAAAACACUGAUCUCCACUUAGCUUGUAAAUGCGCAUCACCCUCUUUCUCACUCAUAUAUUCUCUCUCUCUCUCUCUGACACACACACACGCUCCUGGAUUUGCAGAAGCCAGACAUCUAGGGCACUUCUUGGCAUCCACAGGAAAAUCAUAUGGGAUUAAAAAAAUACAGCAAUGCUUGUUUACUACCCAUGUGGCUACCUCUGGACAGCCAGUAAUCCAUUCAUUAUCCUGACUGAUUGAGUGCGAGAGUAGUGCAGUGGUAACUACUUCACUCAGCUGACGGCAGACGACAAAAGGAGGGAAAUGAUGAAUUCGGACAAUUUAACCUCCCGAAGCUUCCUCUCUGCAAUUCAUAGCAAUGCCAGCAAUUUAUUCUCAGGGCUCCAGUUUGUUCAGUCCUUCAAGCCACUCAUCAUCCCUUGCUACUCCCUGGUGGUUUUUAUCGGUGUCAUUGGGAAUUAUCUUCUCAUUUAUGUCAUCUGCAAAACCAAAAAAAUGCACAAUGUGACCAACUUUCUGGUGGGCAAUCUGGCUUUCUCCGACAUGCUCAUGUGUGCAACCUGUGUGCCCCUGACACUCGCAUAUGCCUUUGAGCCCAGAGGAUGGGUGUACGGGCGUUUCAUGUGCUACUUCGUUUUCCUGAUGCAGCCUGUCACUGUGUUUGUGUCUGUCUUCACCUUGACUGUCAUAGCUGUGGAUAGGUACUACGCCAUGGUACACCCCUUCCGGAGGAGGCUCACGAUCCCUAUUUGUGCUUACAUCCUGGCUGCCAUUUGGCUGCUGAGCUGCACCUUGGCUGCCCCAGCCCUGGUCCACACUUACCACGCAGAAUUCCCAGAGCUGGACUUCUCCAUCUGCGAGGAGUUUUGGUUCCACAUGAAAAGAGACCGCUUGGCUUACGCCUACAGCACUCUCAUCAUCACCUACGUGCUGCCCUUGGCCGUCAUCUCCCUGUCCUACCUGAGGAUCUCAGUCAAGCUGAAAAACCGCGUGGUCCCAGGCAACGUCACCCAGGGCCAGGCUGAGUGGGACCGAGCAAGGAGGAGAAAGACUUUUCGCUUGCUUGUCUUAGUGGUGACAGCCUUUGGAGUCUGCUGGCUGCCUUUGCACAUCUUCAACAUGAUCAAGGACAUAGAUAUCAGCUUAAUUGACAAGCAGUACUUCAAUUUCAUCCAGCUGCUGUGCCACUGGUUUGCAAUGAUGUCUGCUUGUACCAAUGCCUUCCUCUAUGCCUGGCUCCAUGACAGCUUCAGAGGGGAGCUGAAGAAAAUGUUUGCCUGGAGAAAGAAGAAAAUUGGACCCACUACAAACUGCAUUAUGGCCAGUGUGGUGCUGUAAACACGAGAGCUGGUGGGAGUGGACUUUCUUCGUGCAGUAACACUGAAACAUACAAAAGAAUGGGAGGAGAUGGCUUUAAUUCCUACAUCUAUAUUUCCUACAAUUUCUACAUUUCCAUUAGCUGCUGGAGAUGCUGCUUCAGCAGCUGGCAGUACUGCAGAGAGCAGCUUGGUGCCUUCCAAAGGAGCAGUGAGAUUUCCCUCCAUGCUGAUUGCAGUUGUUGGUUUCCAGACAGCUUGCUAGAAAGGCAACCUGUAGCUCACAGCAGCAGGAGGGGUUUUAGCUCCAGGACCUGUGAGAUCCCAGUGAUGUGGGUGGUGCUGAGGACCAAUCCUGCAUGGGGGGGGACCCCUUAUCAACUGCAGUGACCUGGGCUCGCCGCCCCAUCACACCCACCCCAAGGCAGGUGAACUCUAGAGGAGAGUUGGCUGUGAUGCAGUCAUGGGUUUUUAAUGCUCCUUGCAUCUCGAGUUCAUGUAGCCAGCUGCAUUUGGGAGUGUGAAGGAUGUACAAUGCACUGUAUUGUACAACAAGCCUUUAUUGGGCUUGUGGAGUCAGGGCAAGAAAAAAAAAAAAGAAUAUUUUUGCACUUGAGCAAUAGCCAUCCAAAGGCUGAAUCUGUGACCACCCGGAGGCUGUUUCUGCAUGAAUGGAGGAGGAACUGCUCAAGCCUUCUUGCGAGUGUGGCCCUUCACCUGCAGCGUGCCAUUCAGCUUAGCAGCUGUGUUGCAUCUCUCCUCAUGGCCCUCAGCAAUACAACAAGCAUUAACAGAGGCAAGUCAGGUGCACGCACAAUGCCAGAACCAUUUGCAUAUGGCCCAGAGACAGCUGAGCUGUGUGGGGGCACACCUGAGGAAGGGCCUUUUAUGAAACUGGCUGAAACACUGGGCCUGAAGUUCUGAGGCUGAGGUUCAACCAACACACUCCUCAGCAACUGCACCUGUGGGAACUGCAUUCAACUCUGGCAGAACCAAGAUGAACAUAAUAAAAAUACCGUGUGCAAGAGCUAGUCGUGAGCUACAUCACCAAUCUGGAAUUGUUUCCUGAGUCCCUGUGUACAAAUUAUUUCGGAUCAUUCAGAAGAAAGGCCUUCAACGCUCAACUUUGGAAUGAUUUCUCCUCGGUUGUUGGAUCCUUUUGAAAUUCAACAUCUGUUGUUAAUAUGCAUAACUUAAAAAAAAUUAAAAAUAAAUGUGAAACCAUCUGAAGCACUAGACACAGCAUAUGGCAGACCUGUUUAAUCUUAGCAAAGUCAAUACUAUUGUCAGUGUGAAUCACUUCUCCAUUAAAACAUGUAUUCACAGCUGUUAUAUAAAAUAAUGUUUAUUUGUAAAAGCUUUUUGUACAACCCUUGCAAUUGUUGUCAGUCACAGCUAAUUGUAAAUCAUUUUGAUAGUGCCUCCUCUUGGAAGAUUGCCACAAACUGAGGACAGAUGAAAUGCAAAGCAUCAACAGCCAAACCAGGUUCUAGCAACAUCACCAACAAAGUCUUCUGAAGAGCCCUGUUUUGCUGUAGUUCACAAAAGGUGGAUUUAUUUGUUUUUAAGGCAUUGUGGAAAGCACUGUUCCAAACCCUUUCAACCAAAAAAAAGUUGCAUAGCGUCUGAGAAGAUCUGCAUAUUCUCAUAGUUAGUUAAAUUGUUCCCUAAUUGCUAAAUCAAGAAACAUGUUUUCCCAUGAAGCAGUUUAAAAUGUUUUAAUGUUGCUGAUUAGGGAUAAGGUGAGAACAUAAAAGGCAGCUCAAACUUCAGAAGUGGGAUUAAAAGCCAGACCGCCCACAUCCAGAAGAUAUUAAAUUAUUGGAUAAAUGUGGUUAUGUAUUCAAAAGUUGUCUUUCAGUAGCUUACUGAGAUGAUUUACGUUCUCCCCCUGCAUAUUUUGAGAAAAGGUGCCUGAGUUCCAGGCUAUUCGUUCUCAUGCAGAGGCAGUAUGAAUCCCAGUAUGAAGCACCUACUCGUAGAUGCAAGAUUUAAAGUCACGUCUUCACUCUGCAUCCUCAGUGGCAGCUGUCAGCUAGUUCAGCUUGGAGAGCAACUUAUUCUGCAUUCAAUAUUUUCAAUAUAUAUGCAUUCAAUAUUUUGGGUGAGGU